AUGAAAAUUGAGCCAAAAAAAGAAAUGAGAAUGCAAUCGUGCUCUAAUGAGAAACUGAAAAUUUUAGUUUUGGAGCGAAAUUUGAGCAGCAACGCUUACUAUAAUACAUUUCCACCUGGAACAGAUGAGGAAAAUUUGCCACCAGAAUAUGGUCCAUUUGAUGAGGUCGAGCCGCUGAUUGAGCCAGAAAAACCAAUGAAAAUUCGAACUUUGGUGACUGCCGUCGGGCUUACUGUACUCGUUUUCACAUUGCUCAUUUCGACUGUGGCAUUUGCUUCACUCUAUUUUCAUUUACUCAUGCAGAACACUUCCCGUCUUCCUCGUUGGCCGGGACCAUCAAUUUCUCCAUUGGGAAAGUACUCAAAAGCAGCCGUUGCCGCUGACAAUGAAAUUUGCUCAGAAAUCGCGAUCGCUUCACUUUUUUGUAUCGGUGUCAUGGAUACACAUUCAUCUGGACUUGGUGGUGGACACUUCAUGACCAUUUAUAAUGCAACCACUAAAGAAUGUACAGUAAUCGACGCUCGAGAGAUUGCUCCGUUGGCAGCGACAGAGGAGAUGUACCGUAAUAAAUGGAACGAAUCGAGAAUCGGAUGGAAAGCGAUUGCAGUGCCUGGAGAACUACACGGUCUAUGGACCGAAUUUGAAAAGUUUGGAAGCGGAAAAAUCGAAUGGAGACAUUUAUUGAAACCGACCAUUGAUUUGUUGAAUGAGGGCUACCCAACCUCCCACGCCCUGGCCAAAGCCCUCAACCAAAACUCUGCUCAAAUCCACUCCGAACCAACUAUGAAAAACUUUAUAAAUCCCGAAACAGGCGCCGUUUUCCAACCGGGAGAACAAAUUAAAACUAGAAAGAAUCUUCUGGAAACGCUGAAGUUCUUAGCGAAUUCCACAAAUCCAAUUCGAGAUUUUUACGAAGGAGCGAUCGCUGAGAAGCUGGUUAAGGAGUUUGAACAAAACGGAGGAAUUUUAAAAGCAGAAGAUUUCAAAAACUAUCGAUCAAUAGUCCAUGACUCCAAAAAUGUGAUCUAUACAAAGCUGAAAAAUGGGCGGGGCGUUUGUGGACCACCACCUCCUUCGGGCUCCGCAGUGGCUCAGGCGAUUCUAAAUAUAAUGGAUGGUUUUGAAUACAAUUUGAAGUCAUUCACAGACAUUGCCACUCUAUACCAUCACUUUUUGGAAUCCAGCAAAUUCAGCUACGCUGCGAGAAGUUGGUUGGGAGACCCGAAUUUUGUGUCAAAUGCCACAGAAAUCGCCAGGAAUAUAACAUCGAAAGAGUGGGCGGAUUGGGUUAGGUCCAAGAUUACAGAAGUGACACAUCCCGAUGAUUAUUAUGGAGGAUCGUUUGAAGCACCACCACAGGAUCAUGGGACCACACAUGUCUCGAUUAUUGACGCACAAGGAAAUGCUGUCUCGGUGACAUCGACUAUUAAUUUGUACCUCGGCGCACUGGUCUCUUCGGAAUCAACUGGAAUUUUGUGGAACAACGAAAUGGACGAUUUUUCGACACCCGGGCAUCCAAACUUUUUUGGUUUUCCCCCUUCGCCAGCAAACUUUAUUCGCCCCGGAAAACGGCCGAUGAGCAGUCAGAGUCCGUUGGUGAGUUUUGUCAUCUUCAACACCAACGGACAGGAGCUGAUGGCGGUGGGCGGAGCCGGAGGGUCCACGAUUAUUUCUGGCGUCGCUGGCGUUGCACUUCACGCUCUAUGGCUGAAAGCUGACGUCAAACAAGCUGUAGAUGCUCCCCGGAUGCAUAAUCAGCUGCAGCCAAACUACACAUGGUACGAGCCAAACUUCCCAAAAGCCUAUGUAAAGUCACUCAUUGAUCGCGGACAUACGAUGAAAGCUGUGAAUAAUCUGACGGUUGUCACUGCUGCCGAACGACUCGCCGAUGGACAAAUUUAUGCGAAUUCCGAUUUUCGAAAAGGCGAAGAAUCGGCGCCGGCUGGUUAUUAG